UCCAAAGCUCCCCGCUGGACCGAACCUCCUGGUUGUCGAAGUCGUCUACCAUGGUGAUGGUGUCCAACCUUCACAAACAGCAGAGCUCAGGAGCUCCGCAGGGGGAGAUGCACGCGGCUCUGCGUCUGGCUGUAGUGGCGGUCCCCAUGGGUGUGCUCCUGUCCCGGACCAUGGCGUGGAUGUCUAGUGGCAAAACACAUGCAGACCUCGUCAGCAGACUAAGAGAUCAUGGGGUCAUUCGGAGUGACCGAGUGUUUGAUGCCAUGCUGGCAACCGACAGAGGGCUUUACUCCAGAGACUAUCCUUAUGCAGACUCUCCACAGACCAUAGGCUACAGGGCCACCAUCAGUGCACCUCACAUGCAUGCUCAUGCUUUGGAGCUUUUAAGUGACAAACUUUCUGCAGGAGCGUCUGCUCUGGACGUGGGCUCCGGCAGCGGGUAUCUCACGGCCUGCUUUGCCCAAAUGACGGGGCAGAGUGGCAGAGUAGUUGGCAUCGAACACAUUGAGGAGCUGGUUCAAAUGUCUAUAAAAAACGUGCAAGCCGACGACCCUGAGCUGCUGUCAUCUGGACGCAUCAGGCUGCUUGUGGGAGAUGGGAGACUUGGCUAUCCAGAAGGAGCUCCGUAUGAUGCUAUUCAUGUUGGUGCAGCUGCAGCCACAGUUCCCAAAGCUCUCUUGGAGCAGCUGAAGCCUGGCGGGCGCUUGAUUCUCCCAGUGGGCCCUGAAGGUGGCAACCAAGUCCUAGAACAGUAUGACCGGCAGAACGAUGGGACCUUCACCAAGAAAGCUUUAAUGGGAGUGGUUUAUGUCCCCCUCACAGACAAGAGGCGCCAGUGGCCAGGAGGCGAGCUCUGACUGCAGUGUGGUUGCCCCUGCAGGAGGUGGCGCUGGUGCUGUGCCUCCGGAGCCUUGUAGUCCUCUGCAUGUCUCACCGAGCGCCUGUCUCCAUGACACCCGCUGUUCCACCGGGUCGGCACCUAGCAACGUACGAGAGAGGAGUUCCGCUCUGUGCGCCUGAACAGAUCCUAGAGUUAAAAUCGCAGUCUGGAUUGACCUUUUCCCAGAAUCCUUAGUCUGUAAGAACGCAAUGGUCAAUGAGAAAGAAGAGUUUUGUUGCUUUGAUGAUAACAUCUACCACAAAACCUUAACUAAGUAAUAUAUAUUUUCAUGUGUUUGUAGAUUCACCUGCUUACGUCCCGAGUAUUUCUUGUGUGCCAAAAUAGUUUUUUAAUGGAAAAACAAAAAAAUAUGUACCAAUAACUUUUUUUUGUGUGUUCAAAGCCAUUCUAAAAAAAUAAAAUUAUUAAUAAAGAUAUUCUUCACCAGUAAUUGAAGUGAGAGGUACAAAUUAGAACUGACUAGUUAUUAAAUUUAUUUAUUGUUGUAAAAUUUGUGAAGCCUGAAUAUGAAUAAAUCUGCCCUUAAACAUUCUUAAAAUGUGAAAAAAUUGCUAUACAUGUAAAUGUUAAAUCCUAAUAUAACCUCGUUUUUUAUAUCAGUAGACAGCUCAAAAAUAUUAAAUAAUAUGUCAAAGUUAAAAGUUUGUUCACAAAAUUUAGACUAUGAACUUAAAAAAGUGCAUAUUAAAGACUUUAAAUGAAAAUAAUGUGAAAUGCAGCGUGAGUAAUGCUAACUAACCACUAAAGACCAUUUGACUGCUAAUAUUUCAGCUAAAUUUACUAGUUUAAAAAUAUAUUUAAAAAAUAGAGUAAAUGUGUUUACAAAGAUGAGGCUGAAAUGUAAAACUUUAAAGACUAAUUUAGCUAAAUCACCAAAACUAAAGAUCAGUGGUUGGUAAAACUACAAAUAAAGCAUGUUUGACAACAAUAUUGCAUAAUAAUUAUGCACCAGGGCUGCACGGUGGUGUAGCGCUUCACGGCGUGAAGGUCCUGGUUCUUCAUGUGUGGAGUUUCAAUGUCCUUCUUGUGAACGUAUGGGUUUUCUUCCACAGUCCAGAAACAAGCUUCAUAUGCUUGAUGAUUGUGAACUGUCUGCUAGAUGUGAAUGUGUGGCCCUGCAACAGCUGGGCAACCUUUCCAGGAUGUAACCCACCUUUGCCCAACAGUAGCUGGGAUAGGCUCCAGCAACUCUUUGCCCUCAAAAAUGGAUUCCGCGGGUUCAAAAAAUGAAUGGGUGGAAUUGUGCUCCAUUCUUCAUUGAUUUAUUUUAGUUGUCCUAGGUCCAGAUACGACGUACGUACGUGGAUCUAAGUGGAUGCAUCAGAACUGUUUGGAGCAGGGAUUGGAGUUUGUUACACAACAACUACGUGCUUUUUCAACCAUUUUUUGUCUGGUGAUUCACUAUAAUUUGAAUAAAGAAAUACUCAGAAACGCA